AUGCAUGCAGAAGAACCAAUAAGAUUAACGCUGAGGGGAAGCCCUCGAGAGAUCGGAAUCGAACAUGGUCGCUUGCUACGAAACCAAAUCCGCAGCCAGAUAAGCAUCUACGAGGCCAUGUUUCAGUACACCUCCAAGCUAUCCUGGUCAGAGGUCCGCGAAAUCGCAAAGGACUUCCAACCGGCACUCAUCAAGCUUGUCCCAGAUAUCUAUACCGAGAUGGAAGGGAUCGCCGAAGGAGCGGAGCUCGAUUCACUCGACAUCGUUGCGCUCAACUGCCGUAGCGAGAUUGCUCUCGGGAAGUUCUCUGAUGGCUGCACAUCGCUGUGCUGGAAGAAAAGCGAUACCACACGGGUGCUUUCUCAGAACUGGGACUGGGCUACCCCAGUGGGACAGAACCUAGCCAUGGUCUCAAUUGAACAGACCGGAAAGCCCACGAUUUAUAUGGUGACAGAGGCGGGUAUCGUGGGUAAGAUCGGCUUCAACUCCGCGGGUGUCGGCGUUUGUUUGAAUGCCAUCCGUGCCAAGCCAAUGAUUAGCAGCAAGCUUCCAAUCCACGUUGCCCUGCGCCUGUGUCUGGAAAGCGUAUCGGUAGAGGUUGCGGUGAAGACUCUCGAGGAUCUCGGGGGUGUCGCUUCCGCUCAGCAUAUCCUAGUUGCAGACAGCAAUACUGCAUUAGCACUUGAAUUAUCUCCUGUCGGCAACAAGUAUAUCUCGGAAGAUGAAUUUGGGCUUAUCCCACACACAAACCACUUCAUCGAAAAUCAGUAUGUUGAAGAGCCAGCUUGGCUGUCAGGAUCGCCUAUCCGUCUGAAGAGGGUGAAGGAGUUGGCUUUGGGACUUAUUGGACGAAACGGGGGUGCUAUUACGCCCUCCCUUCUGCGGACUGAAAUCUUCUCUGACACUUUCAAUAAACCUCAGGCAAUCUGCUGUCAAGACAAUGAGUCCGUUCAUGUUUCAACUCGUGGGAAAACUCUGUUCAAUAUUGUUAUGAAUCUGGAAGUUGGAAAUGUGCAUGCUGAAGUUGUAUUCGGGCGUCCUGGGUCUGGAGAAGAAGGAUCUGUCCUUCAAAUGCCAUGGAUAUGA